GGCUGAGCCGCUUCCUGUAGGCAGCGGGAUGAGCGCAGACAAAGCUGGGUGGGGACUCGCCGCUCGGGGCUGCUGCUGACCACCAUCCUCCUCCUCCUCCUGCUGCUGCGGCCGCAUCCCUCCGGCCCUUCCUCCUCCAUCCCUUCCUCCAUCCCAGCGUCCGUCCGUCCGUCCGUCCAUCCAUCCAUCCAUCCAUCCCUCUGUCCGUCUGUCCGUCCCGCCGCCGCCCGCCCCGCGGGGACCGGGGCACGGCUUCCAGGGCAGUGAAGGGCCGAGAGGAGCAGAGCUUCCCUUAGAGGCACAGAUCACCGGAGAGAUCAGCUUCUGCCCAUCCCGGGAGCCCUCCUGGCCUGCCCAUGGCUAGCAACAACACUGCUAGCAUAGCACAGGCCCGCAAGCUGGUGGAGCAGCUGAAGAUGGAGGCCAACAUCGACAGGAUAAAGGUGUCCAAAGCAGCAGCAGACCUGAUGGCGUACUGUGAAGCCCACGCCAAGGAGGACCCUCUAUUGACCCCCGUCCCGGCCUCAGAAAACCCCUUUAGAGAGAAGAAGUUCUUCUGUGUGAUCCUGUAAACCCAGGAGGAGCCUGACGGGCACUCAGGCCACCCUGAACACUGAUGUAGAGUUUUUAGGAAUGGGGACGACCUGCUGGUCCGCAGAAUUUAAACAAAAAUAAGUAAAAAACACGGCCUGGAAGCUACAGAGAUGUGCAUGUUUAAAGAACUUGGCCACCUUUGGGGGAAUCAGAUGAUCUGCAUUGCGAGGCAAAAGAUCUGAAGUCUGUAGAGUUGCCUAGAAAGAGAAAAACAAAACAAAAAAAAAAAAGAAAAAAAAAAGAAAAAACCCAUGUAAAGAAUAAAUCUGUGUCACUUUUCUGCUCAGAAAAUUGUUCGAUUGUUCCAUAUUUAAAGCACCAGAGCUGUGCUGAGCAAAGUUAACUGCUAAGGAUGUGUAUAACCUUCUUGGAAUGAUAUUGUUGGUUUCUUUCCAAGCUAAUAUUUUUGAUUUAAGUUGUCAGAUAUAUAGCAGACAGGUUAGGUGGCUGUGCUGUUACUCAAUGUUUGGUCUUGUGCUUUUUCAUUUCUGGCCGUAGCGUAGCAGGAGGGGGUCGAGGGGACACCAGCAGCUCUGUGUCCCCAGCAAACCUCACUUUUUACCAUUCUCUCUAUGGUUAGCUUUGGUUCUGCAAGUAAAAGUGGUUCCUGUGUCGUGCUUGGUGCUUCCUAGCCCUGUGAUGACAUUCAGUGGUAGUGCAUGAGAGUUUAAUUCCGUUCAUCCGCUCCAGACUUUUCUUUUCCAGCGUUUGGCACCACGUGCUGGUGGAAGAAGCCGUAGGGAGGGAACAGAGGUGAUUCUGAAAGCAAAGAGAGCUCCUGAGAUGCCUUAGACGUGCCUGAAAUGCCUCCUGCCACAGGGCAGGUGCCAGCCCGGGUGCAGGCCGAGCCAGAAAUCCGAAAAUCAAAGUCGACCGCUUCUUUCCGGGUCUCUCCUUUCUCCUACACCUCUGUGCCUCUGCUCUCCUCGCUUGGUCCUGCUCUUUUCCCAGUUCCUGGUAGCACUUCCUUCCCUUGGGGCUGGUCUGGAAUGUUGCUGGGAUGCUGCUCAGUGGUGGGAUUCUGCUCAGUGGUGGGAUGCUGCUCCUCCAUGGAAUGCUGAUCCAUGGUGGCAUUCUGCUCCAUGGUGGAAUGCUACUCCAAAAUGGGAUGGUGCUCCUCCAUGGAGCACCAUGGGAUAUAGCCCCAUAGUGGAAUGCUGCUCCAAAAUGGGAUUCUGCUCCAUGGUGGGAUGCUGCUCCACCAUGCAAUGUUGCUCCUCCAUGGAAUGCUGCUCCAUGGCGGGAUACAGCCUCAUGGUGGGUUGCUGCUCCUCCAUGGAAUGCUGCUCCGUGAUGGGAUACACCCCUGUGGUGGAAUGCUACUCCAUGGUGGGAUUCUGCUCCAUGGUGGGAUGGUGCUCCUCCAUGGGAUGCUUCUCCUUCAUGGUGGAUUGCUGCUCCAUGGAAUGCUGUCCCACCAUGGGAUGCUGCUCUCCCGUGGGAUGCUUCUCCCCCAUGGGAUGCUUCUUCUCCAUGGAAUGCUUCUCCUCCAUGGUGGAUUUCUGCUCCAUGGAAUGCUGCUCCCCCAUGGGAUGCUGCUCCAUGAUGGGAUGCUGCUCCAUGAUGGGAUCCUUCUCCAUGAUGGGAUGCUGCUCCCCCAUGGGAUGCUGCUCCCCCAUGGAAUGCUGCUCCCCCAUGGGAUGCUGCUUCAUGGUGGGAUGCUGCCCCUCCACGGGAUGCUGUCCCACCAUGGGAUGCUGCUCUACGUUGGGAUGUUCCUGCCCCUUCCUGCCCCCACCUUCCCUCCCGUUCCCGCUGCCCCCCUCCCCUCAUUGGGAAGGGCCAGGGGAGCAGCCCCGGGAGCCGUGGGGCCGCCCCUUCCCGGAGGUGCCUGAUUCCCUGUUUACACAUGGCCUGGGCUCCGUGCCAGGCUGGGCAGUUAUUCCCAGGUCUGCUUCAUCUGCUCCCAGCUCUCGGGGGACACACGCCACCUUUCUGGGCUCCUCCUCGGGUCCAUGCUUGUGUGGAUGUGGCUUGUCUCUCCUUUCUGCUGCUAAAGACCUCCUGGCUUUCCCCUGCUCAUCUGUCCUGCUGGGAAUCUUUGGGAAUCAUCCCUUUGGGAAUCAUAAUGUGGGGAUUAAUGUACAAAAUGACCUGGGGGUCACAAAGGGGUUUAGGGGCCUGUGGUGACCCUGCUGAACCAGUUCUGAAUCAGGUGUGAGCUUUUAAAAAUUCCUGUGGAUCUGGGAGGGGAAAAGUCUUUCGGUACCUUUUGGUAACUCUUUCUAGCCCGUAAAAAAUGUGCUUUUUGGUUUUUCUACCUUUUCAUACUCUUUUUCUAGUUCUUCUACGGAGAAGGCCAGUUCUUCUCACACUGGACUCCAAACUUUUGGCACCUGGGAAUGUUUGUAAGCCACAAGUAGCCUAGAUGGUCCCAGCCCCCCCUAAUUCCCCCAGUUUUGAUCUUUUUACUACAGCUCCCAUAGCUUUAGGAUGAAGGGUGGGUGAAGUGGUUUGCUCUGCAGCUGGUUUCAUUCUUGGUGUUACCAGGCAGAGAUGUAAAAACCCCAUCCCGAGUUUUGUCUUUUCUUCUUAAUCUGAUUUAUUGUCACAGAGAGUAAAGUGCAGCCGGUCUGACCCUGGGCUCCCACCCCACCCUUUCUCAACACUGUCACAAAAGUGGUUUGUAAUAAUUUUUUUAACGACUUGCCUAUUUUACAACUCGAAUUCUUAAUACCUUAGACAACAAAAUAAACCUGCAUGAAUAUGGGGGAGCGGGGAGGGGGGGAUUUUGAAUUAACCCAAACUAUUCAUUGAAGGUGUUUAUGUUGCUGGGCUUGAUUUUCUGUUGGUUGUGGUAUUGCCAUUGGUGUGCUGCCAGGUAUUUCACCCCAGUAUUUCUAUUUACACAGAUCUGCCUUUGUUAGCCAAGCAGAGAUCUCCUGCCAAGGUUGUUUCCCCUCCUUGCUACAAAAAUCCCACCCAUCCCUCCAUCCCCAUGCUGGAUUUCCAGCCUGGCCUCAAACAACAUUCCACUACCCCCAGGCUUUUAAAGAAAAAAAAUAUCUGGAGUACUGGAAAAAGGACUUUUAUUGUCUGCAAAUGUUGCUGGUGGCAAUUCUGUCCAUGGGUUGCCACCCUGCCAGCAGCAGGAUUUUGGGGAGGGGGUGGCUGUAGGGAAAAGCCAGUCGUGGUGUAGCGCAUCCCCAUCCCACAUGGUCUGUGUACUCGUUGGAAAAAUAAACUUUUGGAUUUGUUUCAA